AUGGCAUUACCAGCAAUUGUGCCAAGUUUAACGCAUAUUUAUAAUGCGAGUAUCACAACUGGAAGCUUUCCAGUAAAGUUUAAGCAGGCGAAAUUAUGUCCAAUUUACAAGAAAGAAAGUGUACAUGAAAGAAACAAUUAUAGACCGAUCUCUGUUCUUCCUAUUAUAUCCAAACCUUUAGAACGCCAUGUUGCUACUUCCUAUCUUGAAUACCUUAAUUCUCAUGGUCUCCUUUAUCGCCACCAGUCUGCAUACCGACCAUAUCAUUCAUGCGAGACUGCUUUACUCAAUUUGACGGACAAUUGGCUUAAUACCAUGGAUAAGAGUAACCUGGUUGGAGUGAUUUUGCUUGAUCUUAGCAAAGCGUUUGAUCUCGUAGAUCAUGAUAUCCUGUUGUCCAAAAUAUCAGCCUACCAUGCUAGUGCUGUCUCUAUGAAAUGGUUUGAAUCAUAUCUAUCGGAACGCUCUCAAAUCUGUUCCGUUGUUGGGUCAUUAUCUGCGCCACUUACUCCAUUUUGUGGUAUCCCUCAGGGAUCAAUACUUGGCCCCGUUUUGUUCUCCCUAUAUAUGAAUGAUCUACCCUUAAAUAUACCUGAAGCAAAUGUUGAUGUCUAUGCCGAUGAUACAACACUCUGGAAAUCUAAUGGUGACUGUAUUAAAAUUCAAAAUGAUCUUCAGAGUAGUCUUGACUGUGCAAAUGUCUGGUUUAAGCAAAAUCAUAUGAAACCUAAUAUUACGAAAACUAAACAUUUGCUCAUUGGCACUCACCAGAAGUUGCGACACGCAAAUAUAUCUUCUUUGGAACUUAACCAAAAUGGAGUACCUAUUGAAGAAGUUAAAGACGAAAAACUCUUGGGUGUAAAAUUAAACAAAUAUCUUAGUUGGAAUGAUCAAGUUAACUGUUUAAUGAAAAAAUUGAACUCGCGAUUUUUCCUAUUGAAAAGAGCCAAAG